AUGGAUCCGCUCGCUCUGCUAGAGCAGCAAUGCCUGCAGAGCCGUAAGGAUAAGGGAAAACGGACGAAUGAAGAGGAUAACGCCGGCGAUAGCGACACGGCCGAAGCGCAAGCGUCCGACGACAACAGCUCCGAAAAGCCGGAAGUAGAAGUCAUAGCGCACUUCACGUAUCCGAAUAGGGAGCAACACACUUCCAGCGACGACGAGAAGCGCGCGACACGGGAAGACCGUGAGAGGAGCAGGAGUCGAUCCCGGAGUAGAAGCCGCGAGAAAAGCGAACACAAGGCAAAAAAGAGGCAUAAAGAACCGGAUGAACGUACACAUCGCAAAGAAGACGGCAAUGCCGGCGUCACUGUAGACAAGGCGGCGGUAGAGAGCGACCCGCUGCCGGUAAUGACUUCCAUGCAUCAAAUGUCGCCUCUAGAUCGCAUGUUACUACGAAGAGAGCAGCUACUGAUGCGCCAGUCACAGAAGUUCCUUAAGGACGUCAAGCGUCAGCUGGAUGCGACGUAG